AUUACGAAUAAAACGAAGUCAUUCACGGAACAAGGAACCAAAUAGUUUUAAAUGUCAUAUUCAUAUCGUAUUCCAAAUGCGUCUGGGGGUUGUAAAACCCCUGGCCGUUUAAAUCGUAGCAGCUGGGGUCCUAUGACUGGUACAUCAAUACAUAGACCGGAUCCACCAGGCACACCUGAAGAUUAUGCCGAACUAUAUCAAGAACAUGUUCUCUCGACACAAAAUAGACAAUUAUAUCCCUUACAAGAGGAUCUUGCUGACUGGUUGAACAAAACUGUGGGUGUAGAUCAUAUCACAGGAGAAAAUUUCUUCGACGCCUUAGAUAAUGGUGUCAUUGUAUGCCAUUUAGCAAGAGUAAUCCAAGACAAAGCGAGACAUGCAGUGCAUGGCGGUUAUGCGAAAGGCCCUGUACCUGUUAUUCGUGGUCGAUGUUGGGAAACAGCUGCAAGGCGUAGUUUUUUUGCUAGAGAUAAUAUGGAAAAUUUUAUUCAUUUUUGUCGAAAAUUGGGUGUUCAUGAAAAUUUAUUAUUUGAAAGCGAUGACUUAGUGCUUCACGGACAACCUCGGAAUGUUGUUCUUUGCUUGUUGGAAGUAGCGCGUCUUGCUACACGAUUUAAUGUAGAACCACCAGGUUUAGUCCAAUUUGAAAAGGAAAUCGCUGAAGAGGAAUCACAAGAUUCUGGUUUAUCACACAGUUCUUUACUAUCUUGGCAGUUCCACGCAUCUGCCAACAUUAAUUCAAGGAAAUCUGACAAAUUACGACAUAGUAGCUCUUCUUCAGCAAUAUCAACAUCUAGUAUCAAUCACUGGAAUGAUAACUGUGGAGUUGUGCUAUUGACACCAGAACCUCCUUUACCACGAGCCCCAUUACCCACAGCUAUAACUGCGAGUGGUGCCAGUGAUGGCGUACCAUCUGACACAACCGAAGAUGAUUGGUCUCGAGGUAGUGGUGAAGAUCCAGAUAUGGAAAUUGAUACACAAACUGUUGACUUAAAUCCACCACAAAAUGGUCCUAGUGGUGAUCACGGCUCCGGACCAGUGACUGAAUUGGACAAACGAGUACAAAAUGCCACACGUUUAAUGCAAAAAUCUUGCCAUUGCUCUGAUGGAAAAUGUUCAAAAUUAAAAGUAAGAAAGGUUGGAGAAGGACGGUAUAAUAUUGCGGGACGAAAUGUUUUUAUUCGAUUACUAAAAGGCCGACAUAUGAUGGUGCGUGUUGGAGGUGGUUGGGAUACAUUGGAACAUUUCUUAUCACGGCACGAUCCAUGUCAGGUGAGAACACCAUCACGAAAUUCACCAGAUCGACCUGCAUCAGCAGCUAAGUAUCUUCACCGCAGUCCAUUGCCACGAGAAAGAGAUUUUAUCAUGCGAUAGUUGUUGCAAAUCACAAAUUUAUCGCACUUUUAAUUAUGUAAUUUUGUUAUAUAUAAUUUAACAUAGAAACAUCUCAGUUGAUCUCUUAUGAAUUUUGGUUGUGUUUUAGAUAAAAAAUUACAACCUUAUACUCACAUCCGUGCCGCAAAAUAAUUAGAAAGAAGUGUUGGUAGAUGUAAAUUGAUUAGAAUAUGAUAAGAUAAAUUAUUUUUGAGUUUUCGAAGAUAUUGUUCUAAAUUUAUUAGAAUGCCUUUCGAAAAUAAAUGAAAAUCGCGAUUCCAUAUCAAUAGAUACUUGUACUUGAUCAUUUCACAGAAAAUAUCCAAUAUGUCGCUUUCGGUUUCUUUUCGGUACGCUCUCCAAGAGAUACUAUCGAUACAAUCGAAAUAAUUAACGGUCAUGUAAACUUUAAGCAUUUUUAUCUAAACUCGUCAGUUUUUAUUUACUUUCAAGUUUCAUUCAAUGAUCACAAUUCCUGUGACCAUAACAUAGUUAUACAAUCGUUGCGUUCGCAAAUUGUAGAGCUUUAUGGAUGCCCUAAGCCAUAAUGAUUUUAUACAGCUAUUUAAUUUUUUUAGAUUUCCAAUUAAUGCUAGGGUGUUACUAAUGUUGAGUUUUUGAACAAGAAAUUUUUUUAUCCCAAACCAAAAUAAUUUAUAGAUUGGAAAUUUUACCAAACUUUCACAUAUUUAUCAGCAUGCUUUUCACUGUGUAUUUUUUAAAAGUUUGUAAGAAAAUAAAGGAAAAAAACCCCACUUUGAAAGAUUGUGGUUGAUAUAAAUAAAUUAUGUGGUCUUUUGUGAUCGUUAAAUGAAACGAAACUUAUUAAUUCCAUAAAUAAUGGAAACAAAAUGAAAUAAAAAAUGUAAAACUAAUAAAAACACGAAAUUGAAACCAAAAAACAAUGUAAACACUCAUAAAAUACUUUUUUUAAUCAAUGAUUGUCGAAACAAGAGUGUUAUCGAAACUAAUAUAAACCAAGAUCAAGCCGUAAUCGGCACUGUAAGUAUAAAUAACAAGCUAUUGGUCCAAAAAGUACAUUUUUAUGCUAAUGGUAUGGAUUUUGGGCUCGCGGAUACAAAAUUUUUUUGGUUAAAAUAUGAUUACAAUCAAAAUACCAAAAUGAUUAAGAUCUUCUGAGUGCUCUAAAUACGUUUUGUAAUUUGUAAUUAUUUUACAAAGAUCAUCAAUUUUUUUUGUAUGUUGUUAAAUAAUUUACAUUCGUUAUUUAAGUUUAAUAUCAUUAGAAACUUAAGCACAUUAUUAUG